AUGAAAGGCGUUCAAUAUAAUGAUGGCAGCAAUUACCAGGGUUCUUUUAAAAACGGCCUCAAAGAUGGAAUAGGAAAUUUUCAAUUAACACAAGGAACGAAAUACUGCGGUCAUUUUGCCAACGGCUUGUGCGACGGAUUAGGAACUUACGAGUUUGUCAACGGUCGAUACUGUGGGAAUUUCAAAAACAAUAAAUUUGACGGGUACGGGGUGCUUGAAAAUGAAGGUCUUAAAUACGAGGGAGAAUUUCAGAACGGACAAAUUCACGGAUCAGGAAAAAUCACAUUUAAAGACAUGAGCAGUGGCUUGCCAAGAUAUGAAGGUUUUUUUGAGAACGGCAAAAUAACGCGUCACGAACUUUGUCCAAAAGCUGUCCAAGAAGCUAACGACACAGCUGCAAAAGCCCGAAACGCUAAACUGUAA